AGGUCUACCAAGGGACGGGGCAUAGGGUGCUGGGAGAGAUCGGUGCUUUGGUCUGUCAUCCGUGUGUGAGAAGGCCAAGCUGAAACUCGCAGGGUUGUAUGCUGUGCUACAGUAUGCGAAAGCCUCUGACGCCAUGGGCUGUAUUAUCCACAAUUUGCACAAGAGGGCGCUGUGAAUGUAACAGCGCGCCAGUCAGAGGAGCUGCUGAAAGUUUCCGGUGCUGCUAUUUCUACUGCAGGUGAAUCAGUCAGGAGACGGAAAGCCCAUUUACACAAAGGUCUAUACUACACAAUGUGUCCAAAGUACUGUCCAGUCUGUAUAAUGUACAUUUGCACUGGCUGUUGAGACACACAGCGGGCAGCAUGUCCUCCUCAAGGCUGGGUCCUCGCUUGGCUGCCUGUCUGCUGAACAUCUCAGAGGCGCGGAACAAGGAGAUCCUGGAGAGGGUUGCCAAGGCAGCAGUCUAUGAUAAACAAGGCUGGAGGCAUGAACAGACCACAGUGCUCAACAUCUUCAAGGAUUUGGAUUAUAACAGGUCUGUCCUCACCAUCGCUGCGCCCAUUGAGAAGCUAGGUGGCGCUGUGAUGUCUGCCUGCGUGGAGGCGUGUGAUCUCAUCGACAUGGAGCAGCACAGUGGAGUUCAUCCGUGUCUGGGGGCAGUGGACCUGGUCCCAAUCUACCCCCUGUGUGAGAGCGUGGGGCUAGGGGAGUGUGGCCUGGCCGCUCAGGGUGUGGCAGAGGGCCUCACUCAGCGGGUCCCUGGUACCAGCGUGUUUUUGUUCGGGUUCGCUGACCCGCCUCUGCACCGCAGCCUGGUGGAGAGGAGGAAAGAGCUGGGCUGGUUCAAACAGAACCAGGACCUGUGGCGAGUCCAAACAGACCUGGGAGCACCGCUCAGCCGCAGAUACGGGCUCACAGGUGUGGGUGCCAGCCCUUACGUGAUGAACUGCAACGUGACGAUUGCUACACGUGACCUGGCGGUGGGGCGGCGCGUGGCGGGGGCUCUGCGUGGCUCUAGCCCGGGUGGGGUACAGGGGGUGCAGGUCAUGGCUCUUCCUCAUGAGGGCGCUGUGGAGAUCGCCUGCAACGUGGAGAGUGUCCAAGGGGGUGAGGAGGAGUGGACUUCGUACCUCAUCCAGGGGGAACGCUACUCCUACCCCCCGGCUGCCCUCAUUGCCAGCCGCGUCUCGGAGCUGGCCGGGCAGCACGGCGUGCGCACGCUGGGCACCGUGCUGGUGGGCUUCACGCCACAGGAGUGCAGGGGGCUGGCGGAACGGGCUAUACAGCAGGGGAUAGCAGAGUACUGGAGGGAACAGCGGCCCAUACGUAUGUGAGGGGGCUGUGGAGGCGAUCCAAUCCGCUGCCAUACGUUUACACUGACAAACGAAAAAUGGUACCUGCCAACUACGAUUAGCCAAACUAGUCUUUUACUAACUACAUAUUUACUUUGGCAUUGGUCAGCGUUCCUCCCAGUGUUCAUCGGUGGCACUGGGUGUUAUCACAAACUCUAAAAGUCCAGUUAUAAUAGAUUGCAAACAGCAUGAGCUCACUCACAGCGCCUCAGCAAACUGCUACUGCUGCUGCUCCUGCUCGUCUCAGGGACCCCAACACAGUGCACUGUGAUAUUAAUACAUUGUGGUAAUGUUAUUUAAUUCUGUGUUUAGAAAUGCAAAUCAUUCUUCUCAUCUGAUCUGUGCAUGUAGAAGAGAGGACUAAAUAAAAUGUUUUAUUUUAUCCAUGAAGACUGUAGCCACUUUGUUCCUACUGUAUAAAGAGGUCUUCCUCUAGUUAUUUUCUUUUAUUCUGUAGACUGGAGCCUUGAUAUUAAAAGGCAGCUCCUACCUUCGAAGUGGUCUUGCAUUGUACUGCAUUGUCUUGCGUAUCGCAGUGUCAAUCAGCUAUAUAUUUCAUUUAACGUUAGUUCAUGGAAGGAAGCCAAGGAGGCGUCUGCUAUUAUUUUUCAAACUUUUUGAUGGACAGCUUGUUAAACCAGGAAUGCGUUCAAUGAACAUAGCGCCCAAAGGCAUUACGUGGCUUUUCACAUUACACAUUACCUGCUGAUGUUUUUUUUUUUUUUUAAAUCCCAAGAGAAAUUACAAAAAAUAAAAAAUGAAUAGGUUGUGCUUACAGCUCUACCCCCUGAAUUCAUCAGCCUUAUCUGGCAGCUGCCGGUGGAUGCACUGUUUUAUAAGGUCGGCCACCUUCAAUUACAGAAUAAAACAAUCAGUAAAUAAUCUGACACAAAGGGUCUGAGUACUACAGCAACACUAAUCCAUGGGUUUACUGCAACUGCAUUCAUUUGAAGCUGUGCUUUUAGAUCCCUGGAGAGCCCAGAUCACUAUAGUACAUCACUGGCUUGGGCUGGGUUUAAACUGCAAAACCUGCUGCAUCAAAUCCAAACAGACUCAACAACUUGCCAUCUACUCUCUCCACCAGUAUGUUUAGGGUAUCCAGUACUAGGAGCUAGAAACAGGUGCUUCGAGGUAAACAAACCCUCACUGAAACAGCAGUUUAGAAUAUUCCAAGUUCAUUUGCAUUAUCCUAGCACCACUUCCUUGUUGGCAGUAGGUGCCCAGUGCCUGUCAAUGGACUGUCUCUAUGUAGUAAGAGUGGGGUGUGGAGGUACUGAUUCUGAGAAAUAACAUGGCAGCUGAACCAUGACCUGUCCUAGAUCAAGUUGAUGUACGUUAUGGGGAGCAGCUGGGCAGUCUACUCCAGCUAUUCCACUUUCACAUGUGCUGCACUGUGCAUUUCAUAACCCCAAGAACACAGCAUACCAAGACAACUAUUUUGACAAAACAGGAGAAAAAACUGGGCUACACACAUUGAAAAGCUACAGGGCUCACUUCCAUCCACUGCAUCGCUGAACACGCAUUUCUAGACGUUUGAAUGGAUUUGCUUUAUACCCCAUCUCACACACACACAGCCAAAGUCUUUAUUCCAGCUCUCCUAGUUCAGUCAUAAUCAUAAACUGUGCUGAGCCUGGUUUAGUAGAUGUUGCUUGCUUUGGACAAAUACAGCUGCAUUAAAAAAAAUGUAUCUAUCUAUCUCUCCUGAAUUACAACCUCAACUCCACUAUGGUCAUUUUUGGUCAAGAAGAGUUACAGCACUUGCAAGCAACAACUCUAUCAUGUCUUUAUUUUAUGUAUUUAUUUUUGAAAGCAGCAAGCUGCAGUUAUAGGUGUUUCAUGAAUAGUCCACGAAUAUUUUUUU